AUGGGAAAGAUCAUCUUCUACGAGGACAAGAACUUCCAGGGUCGCUCCUACGAGUGUAGCUCUGAAUGUUCCGACCUGACCUCAUACUUCAGACGCUGCAACUCCAUCCGUGUAGAAAGUGGAAACUGGAUCCUGUAUGAGCAACCCAGCUACAGAGGACACCAGUACUUCCUCCAUAGAGGAGAGUAUCCCGACUUCCAGCAAUGGAUGGGCUACAAUGACUCCAUUAGAUCUUGUCGUCUGAGCCCCCAGGUAAUAAGAUAUGAUGAGCAUCAAGGUUCCUUCAGAAUCAGGAUCUAUGAGAAAGAAGACUUCAGAGGUCAGAUGAUGGAGUUCACUGAGGAUUGUACUAAUGUCUAUGAGAGAUUCCGCUACAAUGACAUCCACUCUGCCCAUGUCCAUGAAGGCUUCUGGAUGUUCUAUGAGGAGCCCAACUACAGGGGACGUCAGUAUUACCUGAGACCCGGAGAAUACAAGAGAUACAGCGAGUGGGGAGCCUCAAGCCCCAGAAUUGGCUCCUUCAGAUGCCUCCGUCAUUCGUUCUAAAUUCUACAGAAAUGUGUUUGCCCCACAAUAAAUAUCA